AUGGCGAAAUGGUGGCGCCGCCUGAGAUCUACGGCGGAGGCGGCUAAUCUACCGGCUUUUUCAUUCGGUCGAUCGAUUCGGUGUUUACAUCAGUACGAUACGAUCCAGGCGAUACCACGCGAAGCCACUGGUCGAGGAGUAUCGGCUCGAGAUCGGACGAUUGGCCGUAUUCCCGCCGUGGUUUUCCCUCAGUCGCUUCUCGAUACCGAUGCUUCGAAGCGAGGCGUUUCGAGGAAGCAGCUUUUGACGGCGGAUAGGAAACAGAUUAAGUCUAUUCUUGACUCUGUUGGCCUUCCGUUCAUCUGUUCGACCACUUUUCAGCUCCAGAUCCGAGCUGGUCAGGGUUCGUCGACGUUAGUUGAAUCGGGUCGAGUACUUCCCCUCAAGAUUCAUAGAGACGAAGAAACUGGGAAGAUACUUAAUUUAGUCUUCGUAUGGGCUGAUGAUGGAGAACAGUUGAAGGUUGAUGUUCCUCUUGUUUUUAAAGGAUUGGAGAAUUCUCCUGGUCUAAAAAAAGGGGGAAAUCUACGGUCAAUCCGAAGUACUCUGAAACUUCGAGGCCCAGCAGAACACAUUCCAUCUAAAAUCGAAGUAGAUGUGAGCAACCUCGACAUCGAGGACAAAGUGUUAAUGCAAGACGUUGUAUUUCAUCCAUCAUUGAAGCUAUUGAGCAAGAAUGAAACCAUGCCUGUGUGUAAGAUUGUCGCCACAAAGCCGGUGAAAGAACCACAAGCUGCUGUUCCAGCAUAA